UACGUUCCGGGUCCGGAGAUUGAGUUGUGACUGCCGGGAUGUGCUGUGGUGUACGCCAUUUAAUUAUAUAAAGGGGGAAGUACAGUUUUUUGGUCGGACUAGUCCUGAUGCCUUUUGAGUGCAGCUUGUACUUAACAUCCAAACAGGUACUGAGAUAGGUACUUGAGAGCUGGCAGGUAGGAAGAGGACAUACCUACUGCGAAGUAUUUGGCAGGAUGCCAAAGCGGAAGCGACUGAGCAGCAGCCACGACGACGACGCGGAGUCGGUGACGUCCGAAUCGAGCUCGGCGGCGCCCGCCGCCGCCGGCGCCGGCGCCGGUGUCGGCACCAGGAAGCGGCGCCGAUUCGGCGCGGUCUCGCAAGAACAACUGAAACAACUGCUGGAAUCGGUGCUGAAUCACAAACGUCCUGAUGGGUCCUUUGUGUCCGAGACUUUCUACCGGCUGCCAAAAAGACGCGUCAACCCGGAUUAUUACGAGACGAUCCGGAAUCCGAUCGAUGUCGCCAAGAUCCAGGUGAACCUGAACACGCACCAGUAUGACGACGUCAAUCACCUGGCGUCCGACGUCGAGCUGCUCGUGGAAAAUGCCAAACAGUACUUCCCGCGGUCCAGUCGGGAGUACACGGACGCCGUGGCGCUGUGGAACGCCUUCAACGAGCACCGCAGCAGCAUCGUGACGGAGGAGGCGCCCGCCGAGAAGGCCAUCAAGGAGGAGGAGCGGCCGGAGAAGAUCACCCUCCGACUGAACCGAAUGAGCCGGCGCGGCUCGGAGGCGAUGCCGCUGACCGGCGAGCGAGGAGUCGGAGGCCGGCAGCUCCGUCGCGCGGCGGUCCGGCCCCGGUCCGAGGGCGCGACGGUCUGCGGCACCAGCCCCACACCAGAGCUGGAGGACGCCCUGGAGGAGCUGUUCACCUCGGUCGCCACGGCGCAGGACGCCGAUGGCCGCCAGAUGUCCACCUGGUUCCAGCUGGUGCCGCACCGGACGAAGCUGCCACAGUACUACGAGGUCAUCAAGCAGCCGAUGGACCUGAAGACGGUGGCGCAGCGCAUCCAGGGCUCCGAAUACACGUCGCUGCACGAGCUGGAGACGGACCUGCAGCUGGUGUUCAAGAACGCAUGCACGUUCAACGAGCCGGGCAGCCAGAUCUAUAAGGACGCCAAGGUGCUGCGGCGGCUGGCGCAGAGCCGGCGCGCCGAGAUCGAGCACGCCCGGCUGACGGCCGCCAAGUCCAGCGAGCGCAUCAGGUCGAAGCGGAUCGGCGGCACGGCCUGUCUGUCGGCUGAGCUGGCGCAGCUGGAGUACGAGGCCGACGAGGAGCGAAGCAGCAGCGACAGCAACAUGAGCGAGGACAACCCGCUCUGGCAGCUGUUCGACGCCGUCCGCAGCUACACCACGCAGGCUGGCUACCUGCUGAGCGAGCCGUUCCAGACGCUGCCCUCGCGACGCCUCUAUCCGGAUUACUAUGACGAAAUCAAGAACCCAAUCGCGCUCCGGCAGAUCAAGAGGAAGAUGAAGGACGGAUUGUAUGCUGGCAUUCAGGACAUGGAGGACGACAUGAACGUCAUGUUCGACAACGCGAAGCAGUACAACCCGCCCGACUCGAAGCUGUACAAGGACGCGCUCCGGCUGCAGAAGCUGCUGCAGAAAAAGGUGGCCGAAAUGGCGGCGGACUUUGACGAGGGCGACGAGGACAACUCGGAGGAGGACUCACAGCCGCUGCCGCCGGUGCGGCCCGUGCGCCGCGACCACCCGGUCAAGAACCGCUGCAAGAUCCUCUACCGCACCAUCCGCGACUACGUGAACGACGAGAUGCGCCAGCUGAGCGCCGUGUUCAUGGAGCUGCCGAGCCGCAAGCUGUACCCGGACUACUACGAGAUCAUCGACAGCCCCAUCGACCUGGCGCGCAUCGAGUCCAAGAUCCGCUCCGACCAGUACGACACCGAGAUCGAGAUCCUGCAGGACUUCAAGCUCAUGUUCAACAACUGCCGUCAAUACAACGAGGAGGGCUCGGUGAUCUACGACGACGCCAACGUGCUGGAGCGGGUGCUGAUGUCGAAGGUGCGCGAGCUGGGCCCGCUGCCGGCGCACGAGGGCGUCCGCAACAAGCCGCGCGUGCUCAGCCGCGCCCAGCUCCUGGAGAAGAUGUGGACGCUGUUCAACACCAUCCGGGACCACACUGACGCCACCGGCCGCCAGCUGUCGCUCAUAUUCGCCCGGCUGCCCUCCAAGCUGGAGUACCCGGACUACUUCGAGGUGAUCAAGCACCCGAUCCACCUGGACCGGAUCGCCCAGAAGCUCAAGACGGGCACGUACAACACCAUGGACGAGAUCAUGGCCGACCUGGUGCUCAUGUUCGACAACGCCUGCAAGUACAACGAGCCCGACUCCCAGGUGUACAAGGACGCGCUGAACCUACACCGGCUGGCGCUGCAGACCAAGCUACAGCUGACCGAGGACGCCGAGGAGGUGCCCGACGUCAAGACACUCAUCCAGGAGCUGCUAACAUCGCUGUUCAUCGCCACGUACAAUCAUCAGGACGCCGACGGCCGCUGCUACUCCGACUCGCUAGCAGAGCUGCCCGAGCACGACGAGGUGGAGGGUCAGAGCCGUGUGCGCGGCAUCUCGCUGGAGAUCAUCAAGCGUCGGCUGGACCGCGGCCUGUACACGCGGCUGGACGCCUUCCAAGAGGACAUGUUCGCCGUGCUGGAGCGCGCGCGCCGCCUCAGCAAGCCCGACUCGCAGACGUUCGAAGACGCCGUCGAGAUGCAGAUGUUCUUCAUAUCGUACCGGGACGAGCUGUGUCGGAGCGGCACUCUGCUCUCGUCGCCGGCGCUGCAGUACUCGCAGGACGAUCUGAAGGCCCAGGUGGCCCAGCUCAAGCCGGAGGUCAAGCAGGAGGAGGAGGAGAGCCAGGAGGCCAAGCCGACGCCCAGCGGCCUGGGUGACUCGAUGAGCUUCAACCAGAUCCAAUACCGGACCGGCGAGUUCGUCUACGUCGAGCCCAAAGACAAGGGCGUGGAGCGACACAUCGUCAACAUCGAGCGUCUGUGGACCAACAACGAGGGCCAGCAGAUGAUGUACGGCUGCUGGUUCUUCCGGCCCGAAGAGACGUUCCACCUGCCGACGCGCAAGUUCCUGGAGAAGGAGGUGUUCAAGUCGGACCAGCACAUCGGCUGUCCGCUGAGCCAGAUCGUCGGCAAGUGCUCGGUGAUGUCGGUCAAGGACUACUUCCGCAUGCAGCCCGAGGGCUACGCCGAGCACGACGUGUUCGUGUGCGAGUCGCGCUACUCCAGCCGCGCCCGCUCCUUCAAGAAGAUCAAGCUGUUCCCGUUCGCCUCGCCGGACCGGCUGACGGAGCGCGAGCAGCCACUCGAGCCGCGCCGCGUCAUGUCCGUGUUCCGGAAGCGCGUCGAGAAGCACAAGGAGGAGCUGGCCGAGCUGGAGGAGUGCGAGAAGGUCCGCAGCCGCGACCUGCCGAACGUCGAGCUCGACAAUCGGACGGCGAUGGACGGCAACACGUACUACGAGCAGCUCACCUGCGGCCCGUUCGUGCUCAAGACCGGCGACUGUGUGUACGUCAAGUCGGAGCACAGCAAACAGGUCAUCGCUCAGGUGGACACCAUGUGGACCACGCCAGACGGCGCUCAGUACUUCCACGGACCGACGUACAUGACUGCGGCCGAGAUCGCCACCUCGGUGCAGCAGAUGUUCUACAAGCAGGAGGUGUUUGUCUCGCUGCUGGAGGACACGCACUCGAUGGCGUUCGUCACCGGCAAGUGCUGCGUGCUCGACUACAACGACUACUGCUCACGCCGUCCCACCGAGAUCCCCGAGUCGGACGUGUACAUCUGUGAGAACCUGUUCGACGAGUCGAAGCGGCAGAUCGUGCCACGCGGCGGCGAGCUGAAGCGCUACACGCACGCGGAUGCGGUGCUGGCCGACGAGGUGUACCACUUCCGGCGGCUGCUGGUGCUGCGCAAGCAGCAGCUCGCCGCCAUCCAGCAGGAGGCCAAGGAGCGCAUCAAGUCCCUCUUCGCCGAAGCCGUUGGGGUGGCGUCCCCGGCCGGCAGCAAGGCCGGCGACGAGGACUCGCUGGACGGUCCACCGGCCUCGGUCGGCUCGGCGGACAACCUCUCGCUCGGCACGCCGCACAGCUCGCGCAAGAGUGGCAAGCGACUCAAAAUACUGACCGGCUACAUCCUGUACUCUGCCGACAUUCGUAAAAAGAUCACGUCCAACAACCCGGCGGCCAACUUUGGCGACAUCAGCCGGCUGGUGGGCACGGAGUGGAAGAACCUGUCGGCCGGCGAGAAGGCCGCCUACGAGGAGCGGGCGGCGCGCAUGAACGCCGACUCGGUGGCCAGCCUGCGCAUGGAGGCAGACACGCCGACGCGCGCCGCCAUGGGCGCCAGCCUGGUGGGCCCGGACGUGGUGUACGACUGCUGCUGGAUGGGCUGCGACUACCAGUUCGAGGACAUGGGCGACCUGAUUGACCACUGCAACCUGGAGCCGUCCGGGCACGUGCACGUGUACGCCGCCACCGUCGAUGAGUACCAGUGCCAGUGGCGCGGCUGCAACCGCAUCAAGAAGGGCGCCGUGCCGUUCCCCAACGCCGGCAGGCUCAUGCGUCACGUCAAGGAGGUGCACAUCCAGAAGAACAACGGCCGCGUGCUGGCCGCCCACGAGCGCGGGAGGAAGUUCGUGGCGCGCCGGGCGGCGGGCUCCGGGGUCUCGACGCCGACCAGCAGCACGGGCGCGCCCGAGCCGCGCUUCGUGGCCGUGCCGGCGCGGCCGCAGCGCCUGCUCCACUCGGAGGCCUACAUCAGGUACAUCGAGACCCUGCAGCCGGAGCGGGCACACGUGGGGGGCUGGGAGCGCCAGCUGCAGGCGACCCCGGAGACCACGCCCGUGCCGGACACGACCCUCUGGCACCUGCGCGACUACUUGAUGAAGGACGCGCUCGGUAUCUCGCGCGCCUACGACGGCCGCCUGUGA